AUGGAGACGCCGCACGCACCGCAGGACGCGCUGCAGCUCGGCGCGCUCGCGUCCCAGAAUGCGACCGCCUCUCGACUCUUCUACGGCCACGCCGCCCGCGCCGCCGCCGCAGAGGAGCAGCAACAGCCGAGCAGCAAGCGUCUGAAGACGGCCGAGGACGCGUUCGAGGACCCCGUCAUGAGGCGCCGUCGCCUCGCCGAGUACGCCGACGUGCAGACCCUGCCUGCGUCCCUCGCCGCGCGCCAGCCCGCCAAGAAGCCCGGGAGCAGCAAGGCCGUGGUCCGGACGACAAAGCCUGGCAGCAGCGGGCCCGUCGCGGCGGCGGCGAGGCCGCAGAAGCUGCUCGAGGGACCGUCGUCCUCCCCGUCGACAUCGGCGCCCGAUGCGGCCGCUGCUGCCAACGGCAGCAACAACGCAAACAACAACAUGAGCCUGGCGACGCGGGGCUCGGCGCAGCAGCAGUACCAGCACGUCAAGCCCGAGUGGCACCCGCCGUGGAAGCUCAUGCGCGUCAUCUCAGGCCACCUCGGCUGGGUGCGCGCCCUGGCCGUCGAGCCCGGCAACAAGUGGUUCGCCAGCGGCGCCGGCGACCGGACCAUCAAGAUCUGGGACCUGGCGUCCGGGUCGCUGCGCCUGACGCUCACCGGCCACAUCAGCACCGUCCGCGGCCUCGCCGUCUCCCCGCGCCACCCCUACCUCUUCUCGUGCGGCGAGGACAAGAUGGUCAAGUGCUGGGACCUCGAGACCAACAAGGUCAUCCGCCACUACCACGGCCACCUCAGCGGCGUCUAUACCCUCGCCCUGCACCCGACCCUCGACGUCCUCGUCACGGGCGGCCGCGACGGCGUCGCCCGCGUCUGGGACAUGCGCACCCGCAGCAACAUUCACGUCCUCAGCGGCCACACCCAGACCGUCGCCGACGUCAAGUGCCAGGAGGCUGACCCUCAGGUCAUCACGGGCUCCCUCGACAGCACCGUCCGCCUGUGGGACCUGGCCGCCGGCAAGACCAUGGGCGUCCUCACCCACCACAAGAAGGGCGUCCGCGCCCUCGCCGUCCACCCCACCGAGUUCACGUUUGCCAGCGGCAGCACUGGCAGCAUUAAGCAGUGGAAGUGCCCCGAGGGCGCCUUCAUGCAGAACUUUGAGGGCCAAAACGCCAUCAUCAACACUCUGAGCGUGAACCAGAACAACGUCUUUUUCUCAGGAGGCGACAACGGCUCCAUGAGCUUCUGGGACUGGAAGUCCGGCCACCGCUUCCAGGCACUCGACACGACUGCCCAGCCCGGCUCCCUGGACGCCGAAGCCGGCAUCAUGAGCUCCACCUUUGACCGGUCAGGGCUGCGUCUAAUUUGCGGCGAGGCCGACAAGACCAUCAAAAUCUGGAAGCCGGACGAAAAGGCAUCGCAAGAGACGCAUCCGCUCCAGUGGACGCCGACACUGGCGCGGCGCAAGUACUGA